UCGCAACACUGCAUUCCUCUCCAGCAUCCCCACUGGUUUCCCGUCACUCUCGCCGGAUCUCUGGUGGCCGGGAUCCUGGUGUCAUAUCUGCCACAGCACGUCAGGAUUCUCAGGAGGCAGAGUAGCGAGGGUCUCUCGCCAUGGUGGGUGUUGCUCGGCGGACUCAGCAGCAUCGCGGCUAUGGGAAACAUCGUCACCUUGCCCACCAGCCGCGCCGACAUGCUCUGCUGUAGGGAGCUGGCCGGAGGACCAUGUGCUGCUGCCCUUCUCGGAGUAGCACAGAUCGCAGUGCAGUGGUCCUGCUUCAUGAUCAUCGUCAUACUGUUCGUCGCCUACGCUCCCACUACGCCCCAAGAACCAGAGGACAUGAGCGCCUCUGCCGCCUCCAUCACACAAACGGAUCCAGCGAAACGCCGAGACGCGCCCCUCGUUGGUAUCAUCAUCUUCGUAUCCCUUCUCAUCGUCGCUCUCAUCUCCCUCGUUCUCAUCCUCGCCCAUCCCGACUACACCCAAGCCUGGGCAGACAUUCUGGGCACCAUCUCAGGUGUGCUCGCAGCCAUACAAUACGUGCCUCAGAUAUACUUCACUUGGAAAUUGAAGGAUCUCAAGAGCUUGUCGGUCGUCACACUUGUGAUUCAAGCCCCUGGCGCAUUUGUCUUUGCCUUGUCCCUUGGCCUCCGAGUGGGCUGGGAAGGCUGGAGUACGUGGCUGGUAUACAUUGUGACGGGCUUGUUGCAAUUCGUUCUCUUGUUCAUGGCUGUCAACUUCUGGUCAGUGGAGAGGCUUCGG